AAUCAAUUCCUAGGUGUGUAAAUUGUGUAAAUAAAAACAAACAUUCAUAUUAAAGAUUCAAAAAAUAUUGUUAUUAUUUGUGAAAAAUGGAUAUAAUUAAAGAGAUUAAUGAAAAGUUUAUGGCACUGGAAGCUGAGGUUGAUUCCAAGCUAGAUGCUGUAAAACGCGAGGAAGAGAAAUUUGAAAAGAAUGCCGCUAUAUCUAUAGAAAAUAAAUCAUACAACCAAGAACCGAAAAUAUUGACAUACGACGAGGCAAUGGUGAGAAAUGCCAAUCUAAUAAAGUCUCUUGAGAUGACCAAAGCUCGCCUGCGUUCCCGCUCUACUUUUUCACCUGUUGAACAAAUAUUGGAAAAAGCUCUGGCAAACUAUAAAAUGGACUUAAUGAGGUCAUAUCGAAAGGACAAUCGCAGUAAUGCAGAAAAUAUAUACGAUACUGUUGGAAUGUAAACUAAAACUUCCUUUUAUUUUAAUGUCCAACUCUAGGAAAUAAUAUUGGGAAUAUACUAAAUAAUAUUGGGAAUAUACUGUUGUACAUAUUAUGCGAAGAAAUGUAUGGCAGACAAUUGCGUUAGGAAAUAAGAAUAAUGCAUGUUAUCAGACAGCCACCUUGAAAAGGAGGGUAUAUUAACUUUGUCAUUCCGUAUGUAAUAUCCCCAAAUAUUCGUCGUAGACACCAUAAGGUAUA